AUGAUAGUUGGAGAGAAAAAAAUAUUAGUUAAAUGCAAACCAAAACAAGAAGCAAAUAAACCUAUACUUUCAGGAAAAGGCCAAGAGACACCACUCAUAACACUAGAAUGCAUUGCUACAAUGACACUAACGACAUCUCCAAGCUACGACAACACCAACGACAUCUCCAAGCUACAACGACACCAACAACGUCUCCAAGCUAUGACGACACCAACGACGUCUCCAAGCUAUGAUGAAACUAACAAUGUCUCUAAACAAUAG